UAUGUUGAUGAAGCAAAGAAAGCGAUUUGGGUUUCGUGAAAACGACGGAAGCGAAGACCACAGAAUUCAUCGAAAAGUCUUCUCUCCUCCCUCCGAUCUUCUCUUCUCUUCAACGCCUUCGGAUUUCGAUCCCACUUCCCCUAAAAAAUCUACCCAACAGGCGAUUUCAACGGCCACGAUUUCCAUUUCCGAUUCCGAUUCAGAGCAACUCCCUCGAGUCAAAGCAUAUUCCCAAUUGGGUACUGGAAAUUUCUCAGUAGAGUCAAAUUUAGCAGAGUUUGGAUAAUCUUCUGGAAUUGAUUCUGAAGCUUCCCGGGCGGGGAGAGGAGAGGAGUUCGAUUGGGAAUCAAUGACAAGCUCGAUUGAGGAGUGCGUCGACGAGAGUAAAACCCUAAUUUUCGUGGGGUUUCAGGAAAAUAAGCACAAGAUUUUCAGGUGGGUUGCUACCGUUUCGGUUUUGCUGUUGAUCUGAGGAGGAGGGGUGAUCUUGCCUUUUCUUUUUCGAGGGUUUUCGGAUGAGAAAUGGGGGACACCGGAACUGCCCUGCACACUGCCAUUAACGCUGUACAGGCACUUGGGAGGGGGUUCGAUGUAAAUUUCGAUACAAGGUUGCUCUAUUGUAAAGGCGUUUCUGGCUCUACCAUAGUUGAGGUCGAUGAUGAACACACUAGAGAUAUCUGUUUGUAUGAUGAUGUGGUUUUGCUCAAUGUUUCCUGGGACAUCAAGAACUUCCAGGAGCCUAUUGGGCAUCGAUCUUCUGGAAUUUGUAGUUUCGAUGAGAUGGUAAAUUAUUUUAAUCAAAAGGACGGUCUUUCUGAAGGCUAUACAUCUGGAAGUUUUAAUAGUGCGUUCGGCUUCAAUGGCUCAAAGCAGAUUGACGCUGCCACAACGAAGAACCUUUCCAUGGAUGGGUUUUAUAUUCCACUUGCAAAAUUUCAGUUUACAAAAACCCCAUUAGUGUUGCAAGAAAAUGUCAAACGGGCCAUUCCAACUUCUUGGGACCCGCCCUCCUUGGCAAGCUUUAUUGAGAAUUUUGGGACGCAUGUAAUCACAUCUAUAACUAUUGGUGGUAAGGAUGUGAUAUAUGUUAAACAGCACCAGUCUUCUCCUUUAUCAACCAUGGAGGUAAAGAGAUAUGUACAGGACAUUGCAAACCAGAGGUUCUCUGACACGCAAGGUCUAACGGGUUCUGGAAGUAUAAAACUUAAGGAAAAGGGUCUUGAUGGUGGAUUAUUCAACAAUCAAGGGGUAUAUCCUCAGCCUACUUCUGCUCCAUAUCUCACUGGUAAAGAAGACGUCACGGUUAUAUUCCGGAGGAGAGGAGGAGAUGACUUGGAACAAAACCAUGUUCGGUGGGCAAGAACCGUUAGGUUAUCCCCUGAUGUAAUUGAGAUGACUUUUUUCCCUAUAACUGCUCUCCUUGAUGGUGUAACUGGAAAGGAGCAUUUAACUCGAGCUAUUCUUCUCUACCUUGAAUAUAAACCUCCAUUAGAAGAACUUAGAUAUUUCUUGGAGUUUCAGAUUCCUCGGGUAUGGGCUCCUGUACGUGACACGGUUCCGGGCCAUCAAAGAAAAGAACCAGUAUGCCCGUCUUUGCAAUUCAGUAUAAUGGGGCAAAAACUAUAUGUCAGCAUAGAGCAGAUAUCGAUAGGACGUAAGCCAGUGACCGGUAUGCGCUUGUCUCUCGAAGGGAGCAAGCAGAACCGGUUAAGUAUCCAUCUUCAACACCUUGCUUCUCUUCCGAAAAUCCUGCAGCCAUAUUGGGACACACAUGUUGGAAUUGGUGCUCCCAAGUGGCAGGGGCCAGAAGAACAAGAUAGCCGGUGGUUCGAGCCAGUAAAGUGGAAAAACUUUUCCCAUGUGAGCACCGCGCCCAUCGAAAAUCCCGAAACCUUUAUGGGAGAGCUAUCUGGUGUCUACAUAGUCACUGGAGCUCAGCUUGGAGUCUGGGAUUUCGGACCAAGAAAUGUGUUGUACAUGAAGCUUCUGUAUUCUAGAUUGCCAGGAUGUACGAUACAGAGAACAUUAUGGGAUCAUUUGCUGAACGACAAGUCGAAAAAACUAGUGUCGUCCAGUGAUAACAGUAAUGCUGAUGAUUCGAGUUCGGGAUCAAGAAACAUACAAGGCAACAAAUUGGCAAAGCUCGUCGACACGUCGGAGAUGAGUAAGGGGCCGCACGAUCCUCCGGGUCACUGGUUGGUUACAGGUGCGAAACUAGGCGUGGAAAAGGGUAAAAUUGUGUUGAGAGUGAAGUACUCCUUGCUUAAUUACUGAAUUGUUUAUGCUUUUUCCUACAAAUGAGAGAUGGCAGCCUUGAAUAUUGGUAGGUAGAGGGAGUAUUAGUAUAGCUGAAGAUUAAAGUGAGUUCAUCAAACUUGUAAAAAGAAUUGUUGCAGUUUGAUGAACAUAAUCAAGUGGUAGAUUAGAUGUUUUGAAUUUAAUUUAUGAAGCUCUACCAUUAACUGAGUGGAAAAAUUAUAUAUAUAUGAACAAAAAAACUUUGUUAA